GAAGCCGACGUCAGAUUUGCUCGCCGAACAAGCACGUCUUUUCUUUAUACCUCUCUGUUUCCACCAUCAUCUUUUAUAUUUUUUUACGCUUCUGUCCUUCUGCUUUCUUUAUAUAUCUCUGUAUAUCUUUGGUUGUUUUUUUCUCAUUUGCUUUAUUUCUCCUGCUUCUUUUUUUUGUAUUUGGUAGCCCCAGGGACCCUCAUCUAUUUUCUACUUCAACCUCAUCUUGCUGUUGAAAUCAUCCAAUAGUUUGCCCACUCAGUUUUCUCCCCACAGUUUUUCUCCAUCCCGGUUUAGUUUCUUAAUUGUGAAAUAAAACAAAUUUUUUUUCUACCAAUUUCAAUUUCAAUUUCAAUUUCAAUAUUCAUUGUUCUCUUUUUACUAUUUUCUCACUUUUAUCUCCAAAACCAACGAAAUAAAAAAUAACAGGAAUUCUACUUGGAUUUGAUACUGUAUUUUGAAAAUGCCUUACAAAGACUUGCUCCCUGAUUCUGAAGCUUCAAUUUAUGACCAACUAAUUUCAAUUAAAAAUAAACUAGCAACUUUGAAGAAUAAUCGUUCUACUUUUUUGAAAUCUUCAGACAUCUCCAAUUUAUAUGAAGAUGUUUUAAUCAAAUAUAAAAAACUAAAUGAUUUAAGAAAAACCGAGAAAAAUUUACAAAUUCCCAAUAAAGUUGAUUCAGUUCUUGAUGAUAUCUUUCAACUAUUAUCCUUGUCCUUCAUUACUGUUGGUCUAACAAAAACUGCUCCUGCUACUUAUGCCUCCUUGUCUACUGUCCAAAGAUUAUUAGACCAUUUAUUAGAAAGUGGUGUCUACACUAUUCACGAUUUAAAUCCAAUUAAAGAUAGAUUAGACUCGAUUUCCAAAAUAGUUAAAGGUAGUUCUACUGGCGAUAUCGAUUCAAACAACAAUUCUCUCAAUGACAACAAUAUCAAUAACAACUCAGAUGAUAGUGAUAAUUACAGUUAUGACGAGUAUGAUGGAAAUGACACCGAAUAUACCAACGUCAAACUAUCUUUAAAAAACAAAAAGAAAGAGGAAAAUUUACUAUUAACCUCAAAAUUAAAACUAUGUCAAAACGAAUUUAAAAAUUUGUUAUCCAAGAUAAAAGAAGUUUCGCCUGACUUGCAAAUCUAUUUGAACCAUUUGCUUAAGAUUAGAAAAUCAUUGUUAUCAAUUGCUAUUGAUUCUUCUGAUUACAAAAUCACGUCGAAUUCAUACCAACUUGAUUUAAAACCAUUGCAAUUGAAACUAGCUACAAUUGAAAACCAUAGAGAUUCCAAUGGUGAUCUAUUGACUUUAACUUCAAAAAAAAAGAUUCAAAAUUUAAAGGGAUUACAAUUGAUCAAUGGAUUGUUUGAUGACUGCCGCAAUUUAUUAACCGAUUUGACUGCUCAAUUUAAAGAGCAAAUCGAUAACGAUUCUUUGCCUCUUUACCAUAAAUUGUUUGAAAUCAAAACGGUUUUGGAAAACUUAUUAAUGACAAGAAGAUGGACCUUGCGAGAGACAGAUCUAUACAAUUACCAAAAAUCAUUGCAAACCAUAGACGAGUCAAGAGUUGAUGGGAAAUUUAUUAACUCGUCUACCAAUGAACCAUAUAAAUUAGGGCAAUCCAUUUUGUUAUAUCUCUUGCGAAGAUGUUAUGCAAUAAUCUACCGAUUACUAGAGAGUUCUGAGCCAGUGUCAGAAGCAUUGCAACCAAUCCACAACCAAUUGAAAACUGUUCGAAGAUGUUUAUUGGAUGUUAAAAGAAUGGGAGGAAUAACAUCGACAAGAGAUUUGUAUCCCUAUCAAAUGAAGUUGGCUAGUCUUGACAAUUUAAGGGUCGAUGGUAAGUUUAUUAUAGAUGGACAGAUUCCCGAAGGUCAAGGUACGUUGAAUUCGUUAUUAGCUGAAUGUUUUGAUAUAUGUUAUGAGCUAAAAAUUGAAUUAGAGGAAAGAGACAAUCAAGAAGAGGAAGAAGAGGAAGCAUUGAAGCAGCAAAAACAGGAUGAAGAUGAUAACAAUAACGAUAACAAUAAUAAUAAUAAUAAUAAUAAUAAUAAUAGUAAUAAUAAUAAUAGUAAUAAUAAUAAUAAUAAUAAUAAUAAUAAUAAUAACACUGAUAAUAAUAACAGUAGUAACAAUUAUAAUAGAAACCUUGAUAAAUACAAAUCAUUUAAAGAUUAUAAUAUUGAAAGUGAAAGACAGUAUGAUGAAGAACCAUCAGAUGGAGAUGAUAGUGAGGAGGAUGAGUAUGAAAAUUCUGAGAGUCAAUAUGUAGGAGAUUUAUCCGAAUAUGAUUACGACAGCUAUUUGCCCAGUGAGAAUGUUACUGAUAAUGAGUCGUCAGCAUAUCCACCAAGUUCUGCUCACAAGUCCAAGUUGUCAUAUUAAAUGGUGAGAUAAAAGCAGUAAAUACAAUAACGAAUAUAAUUUUUUUUUAUCUAUUCUUUUACUAUUAGUGUUAUUAUUUAAAAUAAAUUAAAUUGAAUUUAAAAUAAUUGAGAUUGGGUGUUUUUGUUUUUGUUUUUGUUUUUUUUUGAUUUUGAUUUUGUU